AAAUCACAUUCCCAAUCGCCACUGCGUCCGUCUAUAUAUAUUCCCCAACAGAGUUUUCACCGGAAUUUCGCUCCGUCCGCCACAAUCCCUCUCUCUAACAACUUUCUCUCUCUUCAGCAAUGGCGCCGUCACCUCUAACCAUCGCCGCUCUCCUAUUAGCUGCCGCUUUUUUCCUAAUCUCACCGUCACACUCCGCCACCUGCCCCUCACAGACCCUAACCAACCGCCGCGCCUACAACCUCUGCAUCGACCUCUCGACCCUUGGCUCCUACCUCCGAUGGACCUUCGACCGGCCCACCUCCACCCUCGCCGUCGCCUUCGUCUCCCCGGCCGAACCGGGCGGGUGGAUUUCGUGGGCCCUCAACCCGACCGGCACCGGCAUGGCCGGCUCGCAGGCCCUCGUCGCGUUCCGGGACCCCUCCGGCCGGAUGGUGGUCCAUACCUACAACAUCACCGGCUACGCCCUGCCGGCGAACUCCACGGUCUGGUUCCGGGUGCUGAACUCGUCAGCUGAAUUCUCCGACGGGCAAAUGAGGCUGUCCGCCGCCAUGGUCCUGCCGGAGGGGGCUCCGACCUCGCUGAACCACAUCUGGCAGGUGGGUCCCGCCGUCGCAGGCGGUGUGCCGGUCAGGCACGAGUUUCAGCCGGCGAAUCUGAACGCCAAGGGAAGACUCGAUUUGCUGAGGGGAGAGAGUGGAGAGACCACCAGUCCCACCGGCGGCGACUCCAGAACCAGGAAGAGAAAUAUUCAUGGAGUGCUAAACAUCGUUAGCUGGGGGAUUAUGUUUCCAGUUGGGAUCAUAAUCGCACGAUACCUUAAGGUAUUCCGAUCAGCCGACCCAGCUUGGUUUUAUUUGCACGUUUUCUGUCAAAUUUCCAGCUAUGCCAUUGGAGUUUCCGGCUGGAGCACCGGCCUUAAACUCGGAAGUGAGUCACAUGGUAUUACGUACACAACUCACCGUAAUAUCGGGAUUACACUCUUUGUUAUAGCAACCGUGCAGAUAUUUGCCUUGCUGUUGAGACCCAACAAAGAACACAAAAUUCGAUUUUAUUGGAAUAUCUACCACCACGGGAUAGGAUAUACAAUUCUAAUCCUUGGAGUCAUCAAUGUGUUCAAAGGUCUCGGCAUUUUACAGCCCGAGAACAAGUGGAGAACUGCGUAUAUUGUCUUGAUCUCGGUUUUGGGGGGUAUUUUUGUAUUUUUGGAGGCGAUCACUUGGGUUUUCGUUCUAAGGAGGAAAAAAUCCGAUCAGUCGAACAAGCCCCAGUGAUUGAUAUAUUAUUGAACAUCCAAUUAUCUUAUGUGAUGUAAUGUGUGGUAUUAUCGUUCGAUUAAAGUAACGUUUUUUAGUUGUUCGAUCGGUGUAUAUUAAUAUGGAAUGGGAUUGCUCUUCUUUUUAUUACUUUUCUUUUUGUAGUUUGUUUUCCAUUGCAGCAAUAUAUGGG